AUGUCGGCCUACCUCGAGUCAUCGCACCCGACCCAAGCCUCUUCCACAGCGGGGGCCACGACGUCGUCGACCAAGCGUCGUCGCGUCGAAGGGGACUACGGCUACAUCGCGCCUUCCACCUCGCGCACGGCCGCGAAAGCCGCCGCCGCACACCAAGCGGCCCAAGCCUCGACCUCGACCCCGACCUCGACCUCGUCGUCCCGGGCUCAUGCCCAUGCGAAUACUUCGUCUCAUGCUUCGUCUCAGAAUACGGUCGCUUCGGGCACUCAAUUUCUGAACCCGACGCCGCGUGAACAGGAGAUGAUGGCCGCUGCCAAGGCGCGAUUCGCAGCGCCUACGGUCAGUCUCGGGAUGGAGGCAUACGUCGGGUGCAUGGAUACUGAACUGCCACGUGCUCUUCCUUGACACAGCUAUCACUGGCGUCUUUGCCUCCACCAGCACUGCAACGCUACCUCAGUCGAUGUCAGUCGCCCGUACGCGGGGUCUCGCCCAGCCAGCCUCGCGUGUCAACCCGUGCUGACCUCCCUCCUCCCUCCUGCCCCCGAACGUCAUUCAUCAGACGGCCUGCUCGAAUCCCACGGCUCACUCUCCUACCACCAUGCCGUAUUCCCCGUACCUCCUCUGCCCGUGACCCUCCCUUCGCCUCUCACGGGUCGACAACUGAGCUCGCGGCGCCUGUAUCGACCCGUAACGACCGCGACCGGUGGCGCGAACACGACCGCGAUGGCCGAAGAUCAGCACGGCACGACUUCGACCCCGGCUAAACGACCAAGAUGGCAGGAACCCAAGACGGCCGAGUUCAAGGGUUUGUCCGCGUACGAUGAUCCGGUCGUGGUCACGAAUCGAUUGGCGGCCAAGGCCAAGGAGCAUUGGGAUAAGCGGGAGAGCGUCAAGGAAGGGUUCGUCUCUACCCCAGUACACCAACCUCGGUCGCUGUUGCUGACACUGGUAACUCGCGUGUAUCCUUUUGCAGGGAGACUCUGACCAAUUUUAUGUUUGCGCUCCGUAUGCGAGGUGAGAAUUGGCUCCGUGUAUGCACUUGGGGCGGUGGACGUGGAUAAGGCUGGGCAGGGAGGUAAGAAAAACAUGUCACUGAUCUUGGAUUUAAAUCUCCCGACAGCUCAUACCCUUCGUGCGACCCCACCGGGUUGA